AUGAGGGAGGUUGGUGGUGGUGGUGAUGAGAGGGGAAUGUACUUGGUGUGGGAAGAUGUUAGUGUUGUGGUUCCAAACUUUGGAAAUGGGCACACCAGGAGAUUGAUUGAUGGCCUCAGUGGGUAUGCUGAGCCUGGCAGGAUCAUGGCUAUUAUGGGUCCUUCUGGCUCCGGGAAAUCCACCCUUCUUGAUGCUUUAGCCGGUAGGCUCUCAGGAAACAUUGUCAUGUCUGGAAAUGUUCUUCUUAAUGGGAAGAAGAGGAGACUAGACUAUGGUGUUCUUGCUUAUAUGACCCAAGAAGAUAAAUUGUUGGGAACAUUAACAGUAAGAGAAACCUUAACUUACUCAGCCCAUCUGAGGCUUCCAACUACCAUGACCAAACAAGAGAUCAAUGGCAUUGUAGAGGGAACUAUUAUAGAAAUGGGUCUCCAAGAUUGCGCAGAUCGGCUGAUUGGAAACUGGCAUUUGAGAGGUAUAAGUGGAGGGGAGAAGAAGAGACUAAGCAUUGCACUUGAAAUCCUCACAAGGCCCUACCUCUUGUUUCUUGAUGAACCUACAAGUGGCCUUGACAGUGCCUCAGCAUUCUUUGUUGUUCAAACUCUUAGAAAUAUUGCUCAUGAUGGCAGAACAGUUAUCUCUUCUAUCCAUCAGCCAAGUAGUGAGGUGUUUGCACUCUUUGAUGAUCUUUGUCUACUUUCUGGUGGUCAAAUAGUAUAUUUUGGAGCAGCAAAGUUGGCCAUUGAGUUCUUUGCUAAAUCGGGAUUUCCAUGUCCAAGUCGAAGAAAUCCCUCCGAUCACUUUCUCCGUUGUAUAAAUUCAGACUUCGACGUAGUGACGAUGUCUUUGCUGGAAUCUCGCAGAAUAUGUGAAAUCCAAGAAUCAUCAGAUCCUUUGAUUAACUUGGCAGCAGUGGAGAUCAAAGCAAAGCUUGUUGAGAAAUACAGGUGCUCAGAGUAUGCAACAAGGGCAAGAACAAGGAUUCAAGAAAUCUCAACUAUUGAAGGACUUUCAAUUGAGAGAAAAGGAGGGAGCCAAGCCAAUUGGUGGAAGCAACUCUCAACUUUGACACACAGGUCUUUUGUGAACAUGUCUAGAGAUGUAGGGUAUUACUGGUUAAGGAUCAUAAUCUAUAUAGCCUUAUCUAUCUGUGUCGGUACCAUCUUCUUUGAUGUUGGAACAAGUUAUACCUCAAUCUUGGCACGUGGAGCUUGUGGUGGAUUCGUCGCCGGCUACAUGACAUUCAUGUCCAUUGUAGGCUUCCCAUCCUUCAUAGAAGAAAUGAAGGUUUUCCACAGAGAAAGGCUCAAUGGGCAUUAUGGGAUUGCUGUGUACAUUCUGUCCAAUUUCCUCUCUUCUUUCCCAUUCUUGGCUCUGAUGUCGAUUGCUACCGGAACUAUAACUUACUACAUGGUGAAAUUCCGGCCUGAAUUUUCAAAUUUUGUGUAUUUCUGCCUCGAUCUUAUCAGCUCCAUCGCAGUGGUAGAGAGCUCCAUGAUGAUUAUAGCUUCUCUUGUACCUAACUUCUUGAUGGGGAUCAUAGUUGGAGCCGGAUAUUUAGGAGUUAUGAUGAUGACGGCCGGGUUCUUCCGGUUGCUGCCUGAUCUUCCCAAGCUUUUCUGGCGAUAUCCAAUUUCUUACAUCAAUUACGGCGCUUGGGCAAUACAGGGAGCAUACAAGAAUGAUAUGAUUGGCCUUGAGUUUGAUUCUUUUGUACCUGGAGGCCCAAAGAUAAAAGGGGAGGUUAUCCUCACCAGCAUGCUGGGUGUUGAACUGGAUCAUUCCAAGUGGUGGGACUUGGGUGCUGUUGUGGCCAUUCUCAUAUCUUUUAGACUUUUCUUCUUUGCCAUCCUCAAGUUGAAGGAGAGAGCAUCACCCUGUUUCAGAACACUCUACACCAAGCGAACUCUACAGCAUCUCAGCAAGAGGCCUUCUUUCAGGAAAACACCACCUUUCCCUUCCAAGAGGCAUCAUCAACAUCACCAUUCGCUGUCUUCCCAAGAGGGUCUCGACUCCCCGAUAACUUAG